ACUCUCAUAUCUUCUUCUUUGAUUUAGUUGCCUAAACCAAUAUAAAAAUUCAACGUAAAAUUCACUCAAAACCAAGCAUAAGCAAAAAUCAAGAAAACUAUUAUAUAAACAUAAAAGAAUGUGUUGUUGUGGGGGUGAUGGUGAUGAAGAUGAAUGUAGGUGCAGGCCGUUGGGGUUUCUGUUAGGCCUUCCAUUUGCCUUUGUUGCUCUCGUUCUCUCCCUCAUCGGUAUCCUUUUUUGGAUCGUUGGGUUGAUAUUGAGCUGUUUAUGCCCGUGUUGUUUUUGUGUAACUUUGAUAGUAGAGUUGGCGAUAGCAUUGAUCAAGGCUCCAUUCUCUGUAAUGAAAUGGUUCACGGAGCAGAUUCCUUGUUAAUUAGGUUGCAUUUUUCCCCCCAUUUUCAUGAGUCGCAAUAUGAUAUUUCA